AUGACUUCACUAUACAAUAAACUGGCCGAGCGCCAGGCCUCUGGCAACCCCAUUCGGGUCGGCCUCAUCGGCGCCGGCAAAUUUGGCUCAAUGUUUCUCGCCCAAGCAUGGCGAACUCCGGGGGUACAUCUUGCUGGCGUGGCAGAUUUGUCCAUUGAACGCGCAAUUGCCUCUCUCAAACGAGUUUCUUUCCCUGAAGGACAGUUUUAUAGUGCUUCUGAACAACAGGUUUCCAUCGACGAGGCGAUCAGGACAGGGAAAACGACGAUUACUACAAACUCUACCGAAUUAAUCGCCCAUCCAGAUGUUGACGUGGUACUCGAAGCGACGGGGAAUCCUGCUGCUGGUAUACGCCAUGCGCUACUGGCAUGCGAGCACAAGACGCACAUUGUCAUGAUCAACGUCGAAGCGGACGUACUAGCCGGUCCGUACCUUGUGAGAAAGGCCAAGGAAGCUGGCAUAAUCUAUUCCAUGGCGUACGGAGACCAGCCCGCUCUGAUUUCAGAACUCGUCGACUGGGCACGAACCACUGGCUUCAAAGUUGUUUGUGCGGGCAAGGGGACUAAAUACUUGCCUGAAUACCAUACCUCGACUCCAGAUACUGUUUGGGGUUAUUACGGAUUCACAGACGAGCAGCUCGCAAACGGGGAUUUUAAUAAGCAAAUGUUUAACUCGUUUCUCGACGGGACAAAGUCUGCCCUGGAGAUGGCCGCGGUGGCUAACGGCUGUGAUCUGAAUCCUCCUGCUGACGGACUGGAGUUUCCGGCAUGCGGUACACACGACUUACCCAAUGUCCUGAAACCAAAGGAAGCAGGCGGCCAUCUGCCGCAAAGUGGCACUGUUGAAGUGGUAUCCUCACUGGAAAGAGAUGGCCGACAAGUCAUCAAUGAUCUGCGCUGGGGUGUAUAUGUCGUGUUGGAAGCUCCCGGUGAUUACCAGCGCGACUGCUUUGCGCAGUACGGACUAAAGACCGAUACCACUGGACGGUAUGCUGCGCAAUACAAACCUUACCAUCUCAUUGGCCUUGAAGUAGGGUUUUCCGUGGCCUCAAUCAUGUGCCGCGGCGAACCAACAGGACAAUGCAGGACAUUCCGCGCAGACGUAGUCGCCACAGCGAAAAGAAACCUAAAAUCAGGAGAAAAGCUCGAUGGCGAGGGCGGGUUCAUGGUUUAUGGAAAGUUGAUGACUGCGGAAGAUUCACUACGCAUCGAGGGUCUGCCCAUUGGUCUUGCGCACGGAGUGUUGUUGAAGAGAGACGUCGCCCAGGGCCAGAGGCUUAGCUGGCAAGACAUUGAAUAUGAAGUCACGUCGCAGCCACAAAAGGUGAGAAAGGAGAUGGAGCGGAUUUUCCGAGAGGAACUGGGCAUUUCGGGCACGAAUGGACCUGCAUAG